GCGGUCGUCGUCCGCUUCCGGUAUUAGUCUCUUCCAAAAGGUUUUUAUUCGUGUCAAAGAUGGAUUCCUAUCCUGACGUGCAAGACUACGAAUCGAGUGCAAAAAGAAUAAAACUGGAUAUUUCUGGGUCUAAAUUUGACGAAAUAUCCGACGGAAAUGGAUUUUCGCGUUUUUCCACGUCAAUUUCGAGUUCGAUCGACAUCACAGAAGCCACAACAACAGAUUGCGAUUCAGGAUAUGAAGCAUCUACCAUGGAGUCUAGAACUCCCUCACAUCACACAUCUCCGCACACUGAUUCUGGAGACAUGCAUGGGAGUUUGUGUAGUUUAUCAGAGUCUUUUUUUCAAACCCCUACACACACAGAUCAAUUGGAAAUAUCACAGGACAGUCUUGAAGUAGAUGAUGAUAAUGCAUCAACAGUAAGCCAUUUAAGUGAACUUAGCGGGUUAUCAGACUUGAGCGGGCAAGAAUGGAAACCUAUGGCAGGCAGUAUGAUUUGGAUUCAACACCAAAUGCAGAAAGGCAUGAGUCCGCGGUUGUUAUUGACAGAACUUGGUGUUGAUCUUGAUCAAGUUCCGCAGUAUGUUGAUGAUCUUACUUUGUGGAAAAUCAUAAUUAAUAUGCUGGCUGAACCGCCUAGAAGGAAUAAACUUAGGCAUGUCAAUUCACUAGAUGAUGUAGUUCGCUUGUUAAAAGGUGCUCAAAAUGUAAUUGUCCUCACCGGCGCUGGGGUGUCAGUAUCAUGUGGCAUCCCCGAUUUUAGGUCCCGUGAUGGGAUUUAUUCCAGGCUAGCAAUAGAUUUUCCAAACUUGCCAGAUCCUCAGGCUAUGUUCGACAUCAAUUUUUUUAUUCAGGACCCUAGGCCUUUUUUUAAAUUCGCAAGAGACAUAUAUCCAGGGAAAUUUAAGCCUAGCCCAUGCCACAGGUUUAUAAAAUUGUUGGAGGAGCAUAGAAAAUUGUUAAGGAACUACACGCAAAAUAUUGAUACUUUAGAGAAGGAAGCUGGUAUCGACAGUGUUAUCGAAUGUCAUGGUUCCUUUGCCACCGCCACCUGUACCAAGUGUGAUCAUAAGGUUAGCGCUGACAAAAUCCGGGAUAUCGUUCUGGAACAGAAAAUACCACUUUGCGAAGUAUGCCAUGAAAAUAAACCAAAUUUUGUUUCUACUGAUGACUUAGGAAGCAGCAUUACAGAUUUUAAAGACUUGGUCAUGUCUGGAAUAAUGAAACCAGACAUAGUGUUCUUUGGUGAAGGACUGCCUGAUACCUUUCACCAAGCGAUGGCCAAUGAUAAGUUGGAUUGUGACUUGCUCCUUGUCAUUGGUAGUUCCCUGAAGGUGAGGCCAGUUGCCUUGAUCCCCAGUUCAUUGCCGGCCCAUGUGCCGCAAAUACUGAUCAAUAGGGAGCCCUUGCCGCAUUGUCAUUUUGAUGUUGAGCUGCUUGGGGACUGCGAUGUCAUCAUCAAUCAUCUUUGUCAACUAUUGGGCAGAAACUGGGAAAGGGGCGUGUACAACGCUCAGACCCUGUCGGAAGUUCCUAACUUGUUGCCCUACAAAGAAACGCACUCCUUCAACUUCGACAAAUGGCGGGAGAGCGAAAAACCGAACGCCGUCGGACUAAAAUCGGAUGAAUAUAGUACAAAGGGGUGCCACGUAUCCACGUCGUGCUCGUGUAACACGUCAAUUAUAGAAAACCCCGAAGAAAUAGUAGAAGGUAAGUGUUCGAAAGAAAGGCAUAUGAGCAUCGAUUCAGCGCGGGACUCGGGCAUCGGCGACAAUUCGAAUUUCGCCGACCUGGAGAGCGAGAGCAAGGAGGCGAGCACUUUUCAAUUGGAAUUGGCCAUCAACGACUCGCAAUGCGGUGGGUACAAGAAGGAGGCGGCUUGCAGCUCGGACAUGCGCGGUUUCUGGCAGCCGAAAGUCAAGCAGAGCCUCGCGGAUCGCCUGCCGGAUAACUCGUUCCACUUGGUACCGCCCAGCCGGUACAUAUUUCCCGGCGCCGAGGUUUAUUACGAUCCCGACGAGAAGUCGUCGUGCCGGGACGAUUCCAGUUCCUCCGACAGUCUGGACGACUCCGACUGCUGCGAGAAAGAUUAAAUUGUUUCCCCGGGUGACAGGUACCAAUCAAAAUGGCUGAUCCUACUUCAUCACAAAUACAGCGUACUAAAGGUUUGCUUGGUCCAUACCUCUGUGUUGUGCAUUGGACUUGAGCCAUCGAAUUGUGAUGUUUAAAAGUGGGGAAACGGUGAAAUAUUCACAGGACGUUUUUAAACAUAACACAGUAAUGCAAUAAGUAUUUUGAAGUUGUUAAAAUUUAACGUCACCCCUCGUAUGGAUACGAGAGGGUUUUUAAAAUGAUCGGCAUUGUCCUUUUUUAUCAGGCCAGACAUUACUUAGUUUAUAUGGAUUACACAAAUUUAUAUUUCUAGCCAAAAAACUACUGAAGUGUGCCCAAUUUAUUUUACCUAAACCAAAUGCUGAAGUAAUAAUACCUAUUAUGUAAAAAUAGUUCUUCCUUGAGGUCUUAUGAUAAAAAUAAAUAUUAUGAUAAUGUGGGUUAAGAGCAUUUUUUUAAUUUUGUAGAUAUGAUGUAGUUCAUUAUUUGCACUUAGUCACUCUGUGUAGUUUUUAGUUUUAUUUUUCCUGUAAAAUAAGAAAAAACAGCGCCUACCUUAGCUAGGGUAUUCGGCGCUUUUUCCUUGAGGUUGUGCACAAAGUGUAUUUUUUAUAUAGUAAUCUGUAAAAAGUUCUAACUAAAUUUUGUAAAUAAUAAACUUUUAUUGGGUUUAUAAUUCAGAUCAUACUCUGGAUGUGUUCCAUGUUUAACAAAAUUUCAAUAUCUUAAUUACGGAGAAAUAAAACAUGAUUUUCUAUGUUGAAUAAUUACUAAUGUAAUAUAAAAGUAAGUUUUUUAUAUGAUUUUGUAUUACCUUGUUUAAGUUUUUUCGUAUUAUUUCUAGUGUAAACAUAGGAAUUAUUUUUUUACGAGUAUUUAUUUAAAUGUUUGUGUCUUGCUGAUACGAUGGAAAUUUAGUUGAUAUUAUCUAGUUUAUAGCGAAAGAAAAGUGAAAAAUGGAACCUAUAAUUUUGUAUUGAUGCGAUUUUCUAUUUAACAAAUAUGUUUGUGUGUAAAUAUUUCCAAACGGUACUGAAGCAAUAAAAUCUUGU